AGGAUGCGCAAGAUUUAAAAAGUAAGGUUAAGUUUCUAAUUUAUGUAUACUUUGUACUGAAGGCUGCAAUUGUAUUGAUUUUCGCAUAGUUCAAGGAUUUCUGCAUUGCAGUUGUAUGUGUGUGUAAAUUCCACGUGUAAUAAAUCAACAGAAAUGUCAUUCAAAGCGACCAAAUGUCCCACAGAUGAAUUGUCAUUAACGAAUUGUGCUAUUAUAAAUGCCAACGACUUUCCUCCUGACGUAAAGUACAUUGAUGUGAACACGGGAGGAGGUCAGCACUUUGUGUUCUCCGUGAAAUCUCAUCCUAGUAUACCGAGCAAGAAUGUCGGUUUCAGUUUGCCACAAAGAAAAUGGGCUGUCUUAUCUCUUAACCAAGACAUUGAUGUUAAACCACACUACUUCAGCCCUUCCGGCAGUACAGAUUGCCUUUGCACCAUUAUACUCGAAGCAGACUUUAUGCAGAAAAAAACCACUACACAAGAGCAGUAUGACACCGAUGAGAUGGCUCGCGAAUUUUUGUACACAUUCGCCGCUCAAGCUUUCACUGUUGGCCAGCAAUUCGCAUUUGCAUUUAAAGACAAACGGUUACUACUCUUGGUCGUUAAAGAUUUAGAAGCUGUCGAUCUAAAUGCUUUGAAACAAGGCAGAGAUGCGAAACCUCGCAAAACCAAGAUGGGACGUCUCCUCCCCGAUACUGUCGUUCAGUUUGAGAAAGCCGAGAGCUCUUCCUUGAAUUUAGUCGGAAAAUCUAAAGGAAAGCAACCUCGCCAGUCAAUCAUCAAUCCUGAUUGGGAUUUUCAGAAAAUGGGAAUCGGUGGCUUGGAUAAAGAGUUCAAUGCGAUAUUUAGACGAGCAUUCGCCUCCAGAGUCUUUCCACCGGAAAUUGUCGAACAAUUAGGUUGUAAGCAUGUUAAGGGUAUAUUACUGUAUGGACCGCCAGGAACAGGUAAAACAUUAAUGGCGCGUCAAAUAGGGAAAAUGUUAAAUGCGCGUGAGCCGAAGAUUGUUAACGGCCCACAAAUCUUGGACAAAUAUGUUGGCGAAUCUGAAGCGAAUAUAAGACGGUUAUUCGCUGAUGCCGAGGAGGAAGAAAAACGGGCGGGCCCCAAUAGUGGUUUACAUAUUAUUAUCUUUGAUGAAAUUGAUGCGAUCUGUAAACAAAGAGGGUCAGUAGCUGGUAAUACUGGCGUGCAUGAUACGGUCGUCAAUCAGUUGCUAGCCAAAAUUGAUGGAGUUGAACAACUUAAUAAUAUUUUAGUAAUCGGCAUGACAAAUCGAAAAGAUAUGAUUGAUGAGGCGUUAAUAAGACCUGGUCGAUUGGAAGUACAAAUGGAAAUUAGCUUACCCAGUGAAGAUGGUAGAUUUCAGAUCCUAAAUAUUCAUACUGCACGAAUGAAGCAGUUUAAAAAGAUUGAUCCUGAUGUUGACAAUAGGGAACUUUCCACUUUAACUAAAAAUUUUUCGGGCGCCGAACUCGAGGGCUUGGUGCGAGCAGCACAGUCGACUGCCAUGAAUCGUCUAAUAAAGGCAGCUUCGAAAGUCGAAGUAGAUCCGGAAGCUAUGGAGAAACUGCUAGUGUGCAGAGGUGAUUUUCUUCACGCCCUGGACAAUGAUAUUAAACCGGCAUUUGGAAGUGCCUUGGAAAUUUUAGAUCAAUUCUUAUUGCGGGGCAUAUUUAAUUGGGGCCCUCCUGUUACGUCACUUCUUGAAGACGGACGGUUGUUUAUACAGCAAGCACGUUCCUCAGAAAGUUCAGGUUUAGUAUCAGUACUACUCGAAGGUCCUCCAAAUUCGGGAAAGACGGCUCUCGCCGCUCAGUUAGCCAAAGAUUCCGAUUUUCCGUUCAUUAAAGUAUGCUCACCCGAAGAAAUGGUCGGAUUUACGGAGACUGCCAAAUGUUUACACAUUCGAAAGGUCUUCGACGACGCGUAUCGCUCUACGCUUAGCUGCAUUUUAGUGGACAAUAUCGAGAGAUUACUCGAUUAUGGACCUAUCGGUCCUAGAUACUCAAACCUAACGUUACAAGCCUUACUUGUGCUACUCAAGAAACAGCCGCCGCCGGGUAAAAAACUUCUAGUUUUGUGUACGAGUAGUCGAAGGCAAGUUUUAGAAGAUAUGGAAAUGCUUUCGGCGUUCACAGCAGUUUUACAUGUACCGAACUUAUCGAAAUCUGAACAUUUGCUAGCGAUGCUUGAAGAGUCUGAAGUUUUUUCUAAGCAGGAAAUGCAUCAGUUAGCACGGCAGGUUCAAGGGAAACGAGUGUUUAUUGGUAUUAGGAAAUUAUUGGCGUUAAUCGACAUGGCUAGGCAAACCGAAGAAGGACAUCGUGUUAUUAAACUUGUCACCAAGUUAGAAGAAGAUGGCGCGUUGGAUUUAGGAGAUGCUUGUUAAAAUAUUUAUUAUUGCGAUUUAGGUAUAUCAUAGCAAUAUUCAUAAGGGGAGUCAAUAUAAACUUGUGUAGCACAACUAGUAAAUGAAUCAUGGCUAUUUAUUAAUAUUGAGUGCAAAUUUCUGCAAGUAUUCUAAACGAUUCUGUAAGUGUGCUCAGUGUAUCUACCCUAUCUGUACUUUUCAUUAUGUGGAGUAUUUUUUCAAAUAGCAUUUUUGCUUCCAUGGGGUUACAUAGACCCUUUUUUAUGUAAACUUGUUUCUGUUAAAAUCGCUAGAAGGAUUUUUUUGUAUUUGGUCAGUUUCUUUGAAUGGUUUUUGUAAUCCCUAAGUUCUCUUCAAUUUCUUCGCAAGUAAACCAAGAAUAUAAAAUGUUUCGUCGAGGAACUGAGCCUCUAAAAGUCCUAAAGUAUGCUUCUCUUCUGUAAGUUUUUUUACUCUUUGAAAAUGAGAAGAAAUUUAGUUCCAUCUUCAUAAUGCGUUACAGUUGCACAAAAAGAAUGAAAAAAGACACUCAAAUUUUGGAACUUUUGAGGGCCAACCUCUCAAGUGAAAUAUUUUCGGCCCUUGGUUUAUGUGGAAAAAAUUGUGGUCUUCUGUAGUACUUCUUUUUUUUUAAUACUUGAUCGAGCUCAAUUGUAUUUGCACCAGUGAGUUUUUCAUUUGAUCCCAGCGUGUGAUAGUGAGUGUGUUUAAAAUUAGAAAAAGCUAAUUGUUGUCACUAGUUAAGUUGUCUACUAGACAGUCAUGGCUUGAGAAACCACAUCGAAAAGAAAAUAGUGCAAUUCUAGUGUAAAACAUUCCUCUGAGCAUACCUCUUGCUAAACUUGUUAGUGUGAUUAGAAUGAAGAAACCACAAAAAUAGAUUAGAGUGGAUCUUUACCCAUUUGCAGUCUGGCUUUGUAGAUUCCACGGUUUAAGUAUACAUUCUUUAUCGUUUAUGACAAGACUUGAUUCGUGUGACUUACACUUCCUACUAUUUGACAGUAUUGCUCUACAUUUCUUAGCACCAUUCAACAUGGAAGAUCAUAUUCGAUUUCAUAUUAUUACUCAUUGUAUAUAUAAAUAGAAAUUGUUAUAAUUUGUGUAUAUUUUUAAUAUUGUUUGUUAUAAUAUUUAAAUGGUAUAUUGUAUUUUGUGAUUUUAUAAAUGUUUAGAUAUUCCGUUGUGUUCCUAUUUUACCUAGAAAAUUAGUGACCAUGUUGUUGAAUUAUAAAAUAAAUAUUUAAAUUCA